CUGCAGCUAUAAAGAAUGAUUUAUAACCGGUGUUUUGUUAUUAGUUUAACUCUACAAAUUUUACAGGAGGGUUUGCAACACCAUCAAAUUUUACAGGAGGGUUUUCACAUGGCAUUUAACAGGAAUCGAAUGGAAAAUCUAAUAAAGUGUCAUAUAAGAACUAAAGUUACACCCGGUGUUAAAUAGGAAAUGAAAAAAAAUUAAGGAUCAGAAAGUAACGAGAGAACUUUUGUGUCAAAUUGGGAAUUAUCUGAACUCAAGCCACUCAGGCAGUCGUGCCAGCAUACGCAAUCACGCGGCAUAAAGAAUCCUCCAGUUGAGGUUCCGAGACCAUUGAUCCAAUCCAACGCCGUUCUCCAUUUCCAGUUCGGCGGCGCGAUGCAACUUGCGGUGUCACCAGACAGCCUCCUCCUCUUCUGCUCGGUCACGGCGUCGGCCGCCGCCGCCUUCGCGCUCAUCUCGCUGUACAGGCACCUCGCUCGCCGGCGAGCCGGGCCAUCAGCGGACGGCGGCCUCGCCCUCGCGGCGAGCUCAGCGGCGGCAGCGGGAGGAGGCGAAGGCGAUGAGUCGGAGGAGCUCCUGCCGCUGAGCGCCGCGGCGGCGAGCCUCCCAGCGUUCAUGUACAGCCGGCUGGUCAGGCACAGCGGCAAGGGCGCGGCGGGUUGGACCGAGUGCGCCGUCUGCCUCGGCGCCAUCCAGGUCGGCGCCAUGGUGAAGCUGCUGCCGGCGUGCGGCCAUGUCUACCACCGCGACUGCAUCGACCUCUGGCUGUCGUCGCGCUCCACGUGCCCGCUCUGCCGGUGCAGGGUCGGCGGCGACGCCGCAGCACCCGGCCAGGAGCCAAGCCGGCAGCUCGCUCAACCUUCUUCAGCAUAGAUCAUCUUCAGUUCUUCACACCUGCAACAAAUGCUUCUACUAGGAUCUUUCCCCCCCUCCUUUGAGGUUUGAGCUUUCAAGAGCAAGCAGCAUUCAUAUGUACUUGUAUUGUAUAUAUUGUCUGCAACUUCAAGCAAAUGUGCAUAGAAGAGUUUGACUGCAAAUUCGAGCA